AUGAGCUCUCAGAUCCGUCAAAAUUACUCCACCGAAGCAGAAGCUGGCGUGAACCGUCUGGUCAACCUGCACCUGUGGGCCUCUUACACCCACCUCUCUCUGGGUUUUUAUUUUGACCGUGAUGACGUGGGCUUGGAAGACGUGGGACACUUCCGUGAGUUGGUGAAGGAGAAGUGUGAGGGUGCUGAGUGGCUCUUGAAGCUGCAGAACCAGCGCAGCGGGCGAGUCCUCUUCCAAGAUAUCCAGAAGCCAUCCCAGGAUGAGUGGGGUGAAACCCUGGACGCCAUGCAAGCUGAGCUGGCCUUGGAGAAGAACCUAAACCAGGCCCUUCUGGAUCUGCAUGCCGUAGGUUCCGCCCACACUGACCCCCAUCUCUGUGACUUUCUGGAGAACCACCUCCUGGACGAAGAAGUGAAACUGCUGAAGAAGAUGGGUGACCAUCUGGCCAACAUUAGAAGACUGGGCGGCCCCCAGGCUGGGCUGGGCGAGUAUCUCUUUGAGCGUCUCACCCUCAAGCAUGACUGGGCCCUGCUGACCAGCUCUGGGGCCCACCUGGACCCACUUGCUGGGCCCACAGGGCAGGGCCUUAGCUGGCAGCCCGGGUGGUGUGCCCCAACAAGUCCCAUGUACCUGUGGCAGCCCCCAGGGACCCUGGCCCACGCUGCAGGCCAGCCCUCUCAGUGGUGUCGGGACCGCUGGCCAAUCACCUGUUUGCAGCAGAGUGGUGGCACUUGCUCCAUUCUCCACUUGGGGGGACGAGGUGCCCAGUAG